UGUUAAACAUUUGUUGUUGUUUUCUAGGAGCUGUUCUGACCAUUGAUCCUAACUGGUUGACUUUUUAUACUGGAGAGUCUGUUACCUUCAUAUGUGACAUGAAGGAAGGAACAAACACUGACUGGUAUUACGAAAUCCUCAAGGAUGGUGACAAAUUCAUUCCCUACAACUCAAAUUCACGCUACACAUUAACACCUUUACGUAUAAGUUAUGAAGAUGAAUACCAGUGCUGUGGUCGUCUGAAGACUUCACGUUAUUCAAAGUGCAGUAAAAAGAUCUUUUUAAAUGUUCGGGAUAAACCCAGAGCAGAAGUGACAGCAGGAACAACAACCAUAUCAGUAGGAGGCAGCGUGACACUGAGCUGCUCUGUGGACAACUCUGCUGGAUGGAAAUACCAGUGGUUCAGACGAACCUCACACACUUCUGAAUAUCAACUUAAAACUAAUGAUGAACAAAACAGAACCAUCAGUGUGUCACAGGGAGGAAUCUACAGGUGUAGAGGAGAGAGAGGAGAUCCAGCCUAUUACUCUGAUAUGAGUCAUGAAGCCAGUAUUAAUAUAACCUUUUCCAACCAGGUUGUUGCAACACGACAACCUGACUGGCCUCAGAUUUUCAGUGGAGAGAAAAUCACUCUGACAUGUGAGAUCCAGGGAGGAGAAACCACUGAGUGGAUGUGUGUAUGGAGACAUCUUGGGUCAAUUAGACCGCAGAUUUCCAGUAAACAGUUUACUUUCACUGUUUCUGAGCUCAGCAGUGGAGACUACCAGUGUCAGUGUAAACGCAGAGAUGACUCAUAUUCUUCAACAAAGUGGAGUGAAGCCAUCAGACUGUCAGUAUCAGCCAGUAAACCCAGAGCCAGUCUGGCAGCAGACAGUUCAAUCCUACCAGCAGGGGGCAGUGUAACACUGACCUGCUCUGUGGACCACUCUGCUGACUGGAAGUUUAACUGGUUCAGAGAUGGGUCAGUCUAUCCUGCAGCUCAGCUCAGAAAUAACAAUGAACCAGGUGGAGUCAUCAGAGUCUCACAGGGAGGUCUGUACCGCUGCAGAGGAGGAAGAGGAGAACCAGUUUUCUACACAGAAGACAGCCAUGACGUCACCAUCGAGGAAACUCCCCUGAAUGGAGUGAGAGUAACUCUGAAUCCUGACUGGCCUGUGAUUUACAUUGGAGAGAUGUUUACUCUUAGAUGUGAGAUCCAAGGAGGAGGAAGUGCUGAGUGGGAGUAUGAAUGGAGAACAAGCAGCUCACACAAACCUCCAAACCAGCGAGAAUUCAGGGCUGACUCUGCUUCUCUUUCUCAUUCUGGAGACUACAAGUGUAAAGGCAGAAACAAAAGUUCACAAUAUAAUUCAACACAGUGGAGUGUGACCUUCAAGUUAACCAUAUCAGACACAGAACCCCGGCCUGUCCUCUCUGUGUCUCCAUCAUGGCUGAGUCCUGGAUCUUCAGUAACUCUGAGAUGUGAGGUUGAACAUCCAUCUGCAGGGUGGAGGUUCUACUGGUAUAAAGCUGUUCCUCAGCCUUCUAGCAGCUUCUACAACUAUGAACUAACCCUUCAAACUGCAGAUCAUUCCUACAUUGUGCGUGGACAGACUCUCACAGCAGGAUAUGUGUGCAGAGCAGGACGGGGGGACGUGGUAUAUUAUACUAGUUACAGUGAACCAAAGUUUGUCUGGUCAGGAGAUUCUCAUCCAGCAGCAUCUCUCACAGCGAGUCCUGACAGAGAGCUCUACUCCGUCUCUGACUCUGUGUCUUUGAGCUGUGGAGGAAACUCUACUGAGUGGAGACUGAGGAGAUUUACUGAGCAACACUUGUUGUCCAUUUCCGGCUGUGGGUCAUUAACUGGAUCCUGGUUUGAACUGGGAAGCUUACAGGAGGGUGUUGCAGUGUUCUGGUGUGAGUCUGGAUCUGGCCAGUUCAGUAACGCGGUCAACAUCACUGCACAGAGUUUUAGGUCUGAAAGUUGGUCAUUUUUUGUGCCGUUCUUCAUCGGACUGGUUUGUGGGAUUUUAUUGCUUCUCUUUGUGCUGCUGUUGUGUUUCUACAGAAAAAUAAAGGAUGCAUGUUGUAACAGGUUGAAUCAGAUUCUGAACAUCGACCGAGUCUCUGCUACGCAACAAUCAGUCAACGAGAAUGAAACUCAGGUUUAUUCCUCUCUCCUUCAUGGUGAUGCUGCUGUCUACGAAUCAAUCAGAGUUUGUGGAAACACUGGAAGUGAUGCACCAGCAGAUGAACACAGCAACGUCACAUCUCAUCUUAACCUCAAAGGUUGUGAUAAGAGCAGGGAACACGAGAGCUCUGACUACAUUAAUGUGCAUCCUGAAUCAGCAACAGGUCCAUGAAAAGAAGAUUAUUACCACCAAAAGAAGAGACGUGUGGACAACAAGCAGAAACAAUAUUCUUGUUUAAACGUGUUAGCAACUGUUCUAGACGUCCAAGCGUCCAUCAGACAGUCAUUUGUCCAGUUUUGUAUCAUAUUUCUUUAAAAUAUUACAUGAUCUGGAUUUAUUUGUUCUCAUUUAUGCUUUUUAUAGCCAAAACGUAAAACAACUAAAACCAUGUACAAAGCUUAACAGCCAUGUCCAUCUUAUACCUCGUCUGCAACAUAAUACAUAAAAGCAGAUUAAAACAAAAUUAUGAAAAGAUUUUUAAUAAUGUGACCAUGGAUUGAACAAAAACAAAUUGACCCUUGUUGUAUUUUACAGGUUAAACAUUAAAUAACUGAAAUAUUUACUGUCAGUAUUAAAAUGGGUUUAACAGAGUUAACUGGCUUUGAUAACAUUUCAAUGUGCUCAGCUGUGUAAGUAUGUAGUACUCUGCUUAUUUAAUAUGCAAGUGUACUAUAACCAAGUCAUAUGUUGGAUGUUAUGUGGUGUUUUUCCUCCCUGUCAGAGGUUGGUGGUGUUAUGUUGUGUGUGUGUGUUUCCCUGAAUGUCUUUCAAGGAUUGAACAAUGAUGGUGUACGCUUUAAAGUGUGAUGAGCAAGAUUCCUAAGAAUGCUAUUGU